AUGAUGUCUCCUACUCAAAACUGUUCUAUCUGUGGAAGAACUACCAAUGACUUCAACUAUAGCGUGUUAUCUUGUAACGCUUGCAAGGUGUUUUUCCGGCGUGUCAUUACCCGAACCAAACCUCUCAAAAAAUGUCACUUAGGAGAGAAUUGUUUUGAUUUGCCUCCGUUUCAAUCAAAAAAUGAGUAUCUCAAAUGCCAGUCUUGUCGCUUUCAAAAGUGUCUUCAGAAUAAAAUGACACUUCCUUCUUAUCUAUUGUUCACAGAGCAAAACAAGCAGAGGUGUCUCGGUCUGGUUAUUCAAAGUCUGCAAGAAUUGGACAAUGAUCGGAAAAAUUAUUUAUUCAAUUAUCUUGCGGUCGCAGAGAAAGAUCCUAAUAUGGAUGAAAUAAUGAAAAUGGAGAAGAUUGAAUAUAUCAAAAAGUCGAAAGAUCAUCUUAUGAAUUUCAAUAGUUGGGCAUUUCACAGUUCUGUUAUUACGGUAGACUAUAUGAAGAAGUUUGCAUUUGUCAAUUUGCUGAGAUCUGAAGACCAAAAGAAUCUCUUGAAAGACUGCUACAUCAAGCUUGGUGCAUUCAUCAGUUCUACUAGAGCAUUCAACUCAAAGAGAGAGGCGUUAUCAUUUCCUGAUGGCACUGAUUUACUUCCGACGACAGAAUGGGUCAUACCCAAGAUAUCUCCCAUCUUGGAGAACAGAAUAAGAUGUAGACUUGUCGGAAGGUUGAGAGAAUUGAAUAUAACGAAUGAAGAGUAUUUACUAGUCAAUGUGCUCAUCUUCUGUAAUCCUGCUAUCUCGAAUGUCUCCGAAAAUGGGAAAUUUCUUUUGGCUUCCUAUCAACAAAUGUAUAGCUCAGCUCUCCUUCAAUAUUGUCUUCUAACUUAUCAGCAACAUGGUCCCACUCGUUUCACAGAUCUACUUGGGUUGUGUCAUGUCAUUGGGAAACACUUCGAGGAUGUCAUCCACUACUAUGUUUUACUUCAACUGAAUCGAUCCAAAGUCGAAGUCAAGAAACUUGUGAAGGAUGGAAUAGAAGCUGCCUAUAAAGUUUAA